AUGACGGCCCACGCUCACCCCCCACACCCACCAGUCAAGCUCACCCCCCCUCUACCCCAUCCAACUCCGCCCCCGCACACCCCUUCAACCUACCCACCGAUCCUAUCCCACCCCCUGACCCUAACACCACCACACAACCACACCAUACCAAACCCAAAUAGAAUUUACCACGCCAUAAUUAUCAACCUACCCGGAACCCCCCCCAAUACUAAAAACAACAUACACCAAAAUCCGCAACACGCCCCGUUCUUCCCCGCUCCCAUACACCAACCACCCCCCUUCACCCCAAGCCUUAUGCCAGACCCCCCCCACCUGGCAUCCCCCCUCUCCCACUACCCCCUCCCUACCCGACCCCCGGACGGUUACGUCCCCCCCAACCCGACGCCCUCGUGCACACUCACCCUUCCCCCCACUACACUUCAGAGUUGA